AUGGAUGAGUUUAUGGCCUUCAGGGACGAAGAAAUCGAAGAAAUCUUCCGUCAAAUCGAUAAAAACAAAAAUGGAAAAAUCGACAAGCGAGAAUUGCAAGCUUUCUUCAAAAAACAUGAUAAAAAAUUCACUGCCAAACAGGUAACAGACUACAUUAAAAACUUGGCGUACAUCAAGGAUCUACUGAAGACAGCGGACAAAAACAAGGACAACAAGCUCAGUAGGGAGGAAAUGCGGGAAUUUAUUGAAACUUUAACUUGUCCGAAGCUCAAGGCAAAGUGCCAAGAGUUUUUGGAGAAGCAAACAGAGGAAGUUGAUCUGGAAGAAUUGGCUUCAUGGCUCUGCCGUUAAUCUAUAGUUUGGAAUUUCCUCCGUGACUUGCUUGUCGUCUUUAAUGUUCCACAACACGGACCAGCGCUGACUGGUUCCCAAUAGUUAUAGGGAUGCUCUGUUCCUAUUAAAUCCUCAUUUCUAACUGAUAGUUCGAAUAAAUGCUGCUGCAA